GGCUGCCAAAUAACCAACAGUUGUAAAAAUGGAGGCGCUUGCGUGUACGACGAGAAAAAACAAACUUAUUCAUGCAAGUGCAAGCCUCCUUGGACCGGAGAAACUUGUGCUAAGCUGGGUAAGAACAAUUUUGAACAGUAGAAUGAAGAUGGUAAAGUUCUGUCGGUCAAGCCAAAAACAACGCAAAAUAUUUGUCUCCGAGACUUGGAAACAAACAAAUCAACAAAAGUCAGAGAAACGAAACAAAGAAAAAUGGAGCUUUUUAAGGUUAAAUAGAACACUGACAAGAAUGGAAAAGAUAUGGGAAAUUCAAAAAGGGUCCACAGUUUUUCUUCAUUCUUUUAACAUUAACGUUACGUCACUUAGGACGUUUAGCAAAAUAAUAUUGACGAAAAUUCUUGACGUUAUCUUAUACCCCCAAAAAGUUACUUGUGACAGCCAUCCCUGCAAAAAUAAUGAAACUUGCACAGAUGAAGUCCACGGAUAUAAUUGUAGCUGUGCACCAGGAUUUCACGGGACGCAGUGUGAAAAGAAGGCCUGUCUUGUUCAUCAGGUUUGUAGAGAAGUGUAUCGUAUUUUGAUGACAUAUUCUGAGAGC